CCCUCCCUCUGGGCCGCCUCCUCCAAGAGUCAUUUCCCCUUCCCGGCCCCAAAGACUUUGGUUGUCUCUUGGAAUCCCUUCCCCACUAACAGGAAGUAAAGAAGGGCAAGCUGCUUUGGGAACCAGGAUGAACAGUCAGAAGAAAAGAUAUGGAACCUGCUUGUAUCUGGAGUUUGUUGUCUGCAGAGAAAGACUACCAGGAAAUAUACAGAAAACAUCUAAGGGAAAAACACAUAAAAAUAGGAGUUGAUAAAUGUUAUCACCAUGGCAAGCAUAUAGAGUCACGGCUGCUUCUUGUAAAAGAGAACUGUGUAUCAGAAAAGACACCAUGUGGAAUUCCUCAACAAUAUCAUUUUGUUAAGAUGGAACAUGUAUUUAAUCCUAAUGAAGAAGAUUUCAGCUCAUCCAGAACUCUGGUGCUUCAGGGAUGUGCUGGGACUGGGAAAACAGCUGUGGUACACAAAUUCAUGUUUGACUGGGCAGCAGGAAUGGUUACUCCAGGCAGAUUUGACUAUCUCAUUUAUGUCAGUUGCAGAGAAAUCAGCCACACUAAUAAUCUUAGUGCUGUUGACCUGAUCACUAACAUAUUUCAAGACAUAAAGGGACCAAUCCUGGACAUUAUACUUCUAUAUCCAGAGAAACUUCUAUUUAUUCUUGAUGGAUUUUCUGAGCUGCAAUACCAUGGGGGUGACCAAGAAGACGAUCUUACUAGUAAUCCCCAGGAGAGGAAGCCAGUAGAGAUACUCUUGUGUAGUUUGGUGAAGAAAAAACUUCCUGAAUCCUCUCUCCUAAUAAGUGCCCAGCUCAAAGCCAUGAAGCUCCACUCUCUGAGGAAGCCGAAAGUCACAUCUCUGCUGGAUGUCCUAGAGCCAUGGCAGCUUUCUGGGGAGGCUGGCAGACUGGAAACCCAGGGAAGAGCCCAUGUUACAGUUAAGUCCAAAGGCUAUUUGUUGACAGAUUUUCUUCUGAGGAGAAGGUUGUGUGCUAGCCUUCUCCCAAAAAGCUCAGAGGCUGUUUGCAAGUAUCUUGCCUCUGUUCUCAUUUGCAACCCAUAUCUCACUGAAUUGGACCUGAGUGAAAAUCCCCUGGGGGACAAAGGAGUGAAGUAUCUUUGUGAGGGUCUUAGACAUUCUAACUAUAAAUUGGAGAAACUAGACUUAAGCAAAUGUUACCUCUCAGAUGUGAGCUGUGUGGAGCUCUCUUCUUUCUUGCAACUUCCUGUAAGCCGCCUUGCCCAAGUCCAGAGCUCCACCCGGAGCCUGACAAGACUGCUUUUGAUUAAUGACAGAAUUGAAGAUUUGGGACUGAAAUUGCUGUGUGAAGGAUUAAAACAGCCCGGCUGUCAGUUAAAGGAUCUGGCGUUAUGGACCUGUCAUCUGACUGGAACGUGUUGCCAGGAUUUUUGCAAUGCACUCUAUACAAAUGAACACCUGAGAGACCUUGACCUCAGUGACAAUGCCUUAGGGGAUGAGGGCAUGAAGGUGCUGUGUGAAGGGCUGAAACACCCCUGCUGCAAGCUACAGUCCUUGGGCAUUGACACAGAUCAUUUACAUGAAGAUACAUUUAGAAAGAUGGAAGCUUUAAAAAUGAACAAGCCUGGAAUUACCUGGUAAUUUCCCAGGAGAGCCUCUGAACUGACUUCAUAGAGACUCUCUCCAUUUGGUACCACCUUUAACAGAUGUGCAGUAUUGUUUUUCCAAAUCUGUUAACCUUUGCUGAGGAAUCUCCUAUGAAACAAGUGUCAGUGAUUGCCAUUUCUUACAUAAAACCGUCUACUAAAUAGGAUGUAAAAGACAGAAGCACCUUAGUUUAAAUGUCUUCAGCAAUAAUACCUUAUAUUUAUAUAUUGUAUUACCAUGUUAACUGUACUGUCACAAGAACCCUCUAAGGUGGGAAGGUUAGGUUUAGAAAAGUUGUGACUAACUCCAGGUUACACAGAUCAUUAGUGAGAGAGCUGAGGCUGGAAUUCAGCCAGGUCUUCCAAGUCUCAGACCAUGCAAAGAAACAGUAGGAAAAACAUACAUGAAUGAGUCUACUUAAACAAGAUCCUUGAAUCGAUUAAAAGACAAAGGAGUAUACAAACAUACAUUAUAUCUUAUGGUGCUGAUUUUAAGUAAACUUAUAUUUCAUGAAAGAGAGAAAUGAGCUAGAUUAAUUGGGAAAGUCUCAUGGAGGAGGUAAGACUUGAUGUUGGUCUUGAAGAGUGAGAAGGAUUGAGAUAGACAAAAGUAUAAUAGACCUUGGUUUUAAGACUGCAGGGUGACACAUGCCUGUAAUCUCAGCAGCUCAGGAGGCUGAGGCAGAAAGAUUGCCAGCCUCAGCAACUUAGUGAGUUUAAGGCCAACCUCAGCAACUUAGUAAGACCCUGUCUCAAAAAAUAGAAAAGACUGGGGAUGUGGUUCAGUGGUUUGGCAUCCUUGAGUUUAAUCCCUGGUACCAAAAAAAAAUUAGAAUUUAAAAAAAAAACUGCAAGGUUACAUGGCUAUUUUUGUAAGUAUCUCAGUAAAAGAGAGAAGAGAGAAAUAUUUGCUUUAGAAUUUCGUGAGCUACCAUAGUAUCCAUACUACUACUAGGCUCCUGAGAGUGCUCUCCAGUUCCCAGUCUUAAUUCUUUUACUGGACCUUUUAAAAAAUAUAUAUUUAUUUUUUACUUGUAGUUGGACACAGUACCUUUAUUUUAUUUGUUUUUAUGUGGUGCUGAGGAUCAAACCCAGGGCCUUGAAUUGCUAGGCGAGUGCUAUACUGCUGAGCCACAACCCCAGCCCCAGCCCCAGCCCCUUUUUUCUGAACUUUUAGUAUCUCAUAAAUGUGUUUGUAUUUGUUCAUGGGUUACCAAGACUAACACACUCCUCAUUCCUGACAUCUCACUUAGCCCAACAGUGAUCAUUCAUAGCACCCUAUUCCUAUCUCUGCCUUGUUUCCACAAAAUGUCAGAUGAGACAAAUGCAGAAAUAGAGUGCCAGGCAAGGAAAAUAGCAAAAACUCAUUGAAAUAGAUAUGAAUGGAGAAUGGGAUCAACAGAAAUAGGCUGGCCUUAUUAAAGUGUAGAGUUGUCCCUGGAAGCUAUUCAACUACCUGUGUGACCCUGAACAAUUCACUUAGAUUCCUAGAACCUCCAUUUUCUUAUCUAUAAAAUGGGAUAAAUUGAUUUUAGCCUUGAAGGGCUGCUUCCCAAUGUUUUCUUCUCCACAGUAGGCAUCAAUUAGUUGUACUUGUUUGUAUGAGUAUGUGUCUAUAGUAUCAUUCAGCUGUGUAGUCUUUAACUCCUAGAUUUUCUUUCUGUAGUAAUCUGAGUUAACUUUCCAUUUGAAUUAAAUAUGUGCUAGAGGCAGUGAAUCUAGUGGUAGAAGAAACAAAGUGAGACAAUACUUCAGGUGAGAGAUUGUGGAAAACCCAGCUGUUCCAUGACCUCAUCCAUAAUUGUAUAUUUUUUACCACCUCCUGGGAGAUGGUAACUCUCAGUAAGGAGACCAGGCUCCCAUAAGAAUAAUAAUCAAAAUAGUUUGUUCCCAGAUUAAUCAAGUUCCCUUUACUCAUUUAACAUAUAUUUAUUGAAUAUUUAUUAUAUGCCAGGAUUUGUGUUAAUGUUGGGUUUACAGAGAUGGUUAUGCCUUUCCUGAGCACUUCCCCCCUUUUGUAUUCUCUGAUUACCCUAGUUCCUCUGUCAGUCUGGUAAAAAUAUGAUAAAACUCAGUCACAUUAAGAACUUAAAGAUAUAAAGUUAAAAGAAAAAUUGCAAAACUGUGUGUGUGUGUGUGUGUAAAAAUCAUGUAUAUGUAUUUGUAUGUGUCUGUACAGAAAAAUGUAUGGAAUAAUAUAUAUGAUUAAUCACAAAUACUGAUAAGCUCUGGCAAGAAGAAUUUGGCAAGCAGGGCAAUAAAUAGAAUAGGAAAGAAACUUUUUAUCUAUACCCUCCUGUUCUACUUGAUGUUUUUACCAUGUACAUGUAUUACUUUUAUAAUUAAUAGAUUUGCUGUUAAAAAUAAAAAUCAUACUGGUGAGUUAUU